UGCAGGAGGGACAGGCGCAGCGCUCGUGGUCGGGUCACCUUGUCGCGCGGCGGCAGGUUCCCCCCGUGGAAGGGCGAUGGCCGGGCUGGUCAACCUGGAGGACGAGGAGGCGGUGAAGGGCUACCUGGAGAACCUGGGCAUCGAGUACAGCUACCAGUGCUACAAAGAGGGCGAUCCGGACGGGUGCCAUCGAUUGGCUGAUUAUUUGGAGGGGGUGAAGAAGGACUUUGAAGCAGCUGCCAAGGUGCUAAAAGAAAACUGUGAAAAGAAUGAGAACAGUGAGAGUUGCUAUAAACUUGGAGCUUAUUAUGCAACUGGGAAAGGUGGACUCAGCCAAGAUUUGAAAGCUUCCUACAACUGCUUUCUGAAGUCUUGCGAAAAAGGUGGGAAGAAAUCAAUAAAUGCUUGCCACAACGUUGGACUUUUAGCACACGAUGGGCAAGUAAAUGAUGACAAACCUGACCCAAUCCUUGCCAGGGACUACUACACUAAAGCAUGUGAUGGCAGUUUUGCCCCUAGUUGCUUCAAUCUUAGUGCGAUAUAUCUUCAAGGAGCACCUGGGAUACCAAAGGACAUGAACCUGGCUUUGAAGUACUCUUUGAAAGCAUGUGACAUGGGUCAUGUGUGGGCAUGUGCCAAUGCCAGUCGAAUGUACAAACUAGGAGAUGGAAUUGAUAAAAAUGAUGCCAAGGCAGAGGCUCUGAAAAACAGGGCAAGAGACCUACAUAAAGAACAGCAGGAAGCUUCUAGAGCCUUAACAUUUGGGGAGUAAAUCCAAUUAAAUCAUUCACUGACUUCUAGGACUGCGCUUUUAAAUGGUGCAUAAACUUUAGCUGCAAACAAAAAACCCAUACCUAUUGCACUCACAAAAGAGGCAUCUGUAUGUACGUGUUUGCAUGUGCAAAUUUUUGGAUGUGCAACUGAUGCAUGUACAACUUUGGUGUACCAUUAUCUGAAAACUUGGCCCUUUCAUAUAGAACAGUUUUUCAGGCAAACAAACGUUUAGGGCCAAAUUUUCAAAGGCUCAGAGGACCCAGCUUUUAAAAUUGAAGGUGCAGUUUUAUGUGCUGACUUGUGGCUGCAAUCUUCCACAUCCACACAAAAGUGUAUGUGCAUAAUUACUCAAACCUGACUAUGCAAAACUGUGUCUGUAAUUUUAGAGACUACUUUGGAUAUUAUGACUGUGUCCGUAAGGGAUGCUAUAUAGAAGAACUUAUGUACUCUUGAGCACUCUUCUUUUCCAAAGACAAGCACUCACACUGAAAACCUAAACUUGAAUCAUCACAGGACAUGCUCCUUCCAUUGAUGCUGAAACACACUGAUCACUGAAGGUGGUAUUUAUUUUGUCUUCUAAAUGUAGUUUCUUUAGUUGCACUUCUCUGUUUACCAAGGUUACAAAAGGGAUAUAACUUAGCUGACAUGGUGAUGUGUGAAGUUUUAAAACUCAGAUGCACAUAUAUAUAAAUCUUGAUUUCUUGAAAGUCCAGUAAAUCUUAUCUAGAUACUUCUGAAUGUCAUUAAGUAUCCUUUAUUUAUGUAAAUUGUUUUUAGUCUAUUACAGAUGGGUUCAAUGUUUUAUUGAAAAAUUCAAUUCUUGUAUAUAAUUUGAGUGAUUUUAAAAGUGUGUGUGUGUGUGAGAGAGAAAGAGAGCCCAAAUCAAGAAAUCCUUACUCAGGCUAAACUUGAAUACUAGUCAUUGGGCAUUUUUGACUGAGCAAAGACUUCAGGAUGUGAUGGUUUUUAAUUAUAAAAAAACAAACCUACAGUAAACUAUGGUGGAAUGUUUGUGUAUCUUACCACUAAGGGGCGCUUGUGUUCUAAAAGCCACACAACGCUUUCUUCGUUUGAAAUUAAGAAAAGAGGCAUCAGUAUAAUAGUGCAUUUUUGUAUGGCAGAGCUACAUGUCAUUUUUAUUUCCCUUAAGUGGUACCAAUUUCAAAACUGAGAGCUGUCCCACUUUACAAUAAACUCUACAUAUAUUUUAUUUUAAGUAAUUUCUGCACUGAAGGUAUCUUAAAUUAUCUGCCUUCACAUGUUCCCCAUCCUGUAUUUUUGAAUGUCCAUGUGUUAGGUAAAUGGUAUGGGUUAACUAAGGAUUUGAUCCUGAGGUCCUUACGCACUCAGCUCCCUCACUGACUUGAUUUGAUUGAGGGACUUGGCUGUACAAGGAAUGCAGGAGCAAACCCUCACUGUCAUUAUUCCUCUUCUACUUAACUUCAUGCUUCUACCAUCACCCUCAACCUAGUGGCUUCCUUUUAGUUGUCUUCCUAAAUUUCUUCAUGUAAAGUUUCCAUAAGCUGCAGAAUGAAUUUCCUGUAGCUGAAGAAUAUAUAUAUUUUUUUCAAAUCAAAAUGAAGAGGGACAAAUAUUUUCAUUUGGGAUCUUGGGCUCACAAGUGGAGUAUACAUCCUCUUAAAAGCUGAAACCAGUAUCAAAUUCUAUUUCACUCUUAAAGAAAACAAAAUGAGGGAAUAAAAACAAGCUAAGAGUAGAGAAUACUCCCUCUAUUCUUGCUAAUAGGACACACUACAAUGGAAUCAGCAUGCAAAUAAGCAUCCUGUUAAUUUAUCAACUGGACUCUAAUAUACAGGCGAGUC